UACACAAACUGCCACUGUGUCAGCUCAGCCAUGGCUACUCUCUCCCUACAAAAUUCGCCUCUUCAAUUCCGUCGAUUCCGCCUCAGUAAUUUUAAUCUCAAAGCUGUGCCGAGAUUUUCCUGCCAAUUUUACGGGAAAAAAGUUAGGGUUUUGAUUACUUCUUCGAGAAGAAAUGUGAAUGCUAGGGGAAGAGAUGGACUGUUAUCAAUUUCUUGUUUUUCUAAAACGAAUGCUGAUAUUGAAAGUGUUAUAUCCGAAGAAAUAGGAGAAGAGCGGCCUCCUUUUGAUAUUAAUCUUGCGGUUAUUCUUGCUGGUUUUGCUUUCGAAGCUUAUACUUCUCCUGAAAAUAUAGGCAGGCGUGAAAUUGAUGCUGCAGAUUGUAAGACUGUUUAUCUCUCGGAGUCGUUUGUACGAGAGAUAUAUGAUGGCCAGUUGUUUAUAAAGUUAAAAAAAGGUUUUGAUUUUCCUGCUAUGGAUCCAUGGGGAACUAGUGAUCCAUAUGUGGUAAUGCAAUUGGAUGGUCAAGUUGUCAAAAGCAAGACUAAAUGGGGCACAAAGAAGCCAACGUGGAAUGAGGAUCUCACCUUUAAUAUCAAACUGCCCCCUGCGAAAUAUAUUCUGGUUGCUGCUUGGGAUGCAAACCUUGUAACUCCGCAUAAGCGCAUGGGGAAUGCAGGCAUUAAUCUAGAAAGCCUCUGUGAUGGAAACUUGCAUGAAGUGCUGGUGGAGUUGGAAGGAAUGGGUGGUGGUGGCAAGUUGCUGCUUGAGGUUAAGUACAAGAGUUUUGAAGACAUUGAGGAAGAGAAGAUGUGGUGGAAACUCCCCUUUGUUUCUGAAUUUCUUCGGAGAAAUGGAUUUGAGUCUGCUCUAAAAAUGUUUGUUGGCAGUGAGUCUGUGCCUGCACGCCAGUUUGUUGAAUAUGCCUUUGGGCAGUUAAGGUCCUUCAAUGAUGCGUAUUUUUUGAAGGAACAAUUGUUGAAUGGUAAUAAGAAUGUGGCUGAACCUGUUGGGACUUCCAAUGAUUCCACUGUGUCAGAGAUGUCUUCUUCACAUGUGGAAAGUAGUUCAGAAGCAUCUUUCAGUGACACAAGUACCGAAACCGAGAAUAAUUCAGAGGACUUCCACUUGGACAAUGCUGGCAUGGCUAAUAGGCAGAACACUAAACCAGUGUCACAAGUUGAUACUAUGCAGUUUGAUAAGUACUUCUGGAAGAACCUUGCAGAUGUUAUCAAUAAAAGUGUUGUUCAGAAACUUGGAGUUCCUGUUCCAGAGAAAUUAAAGUGGGAUGGAUUUGACUUGUUAAACAAAAUUGGCCUACAGUUCCAAAAAAUUGCAGAAGCAAAAUAUAUUGAAUCUGGGCUUGCAACUCCAGAUGAUCAGGAUAUUCAAGGUGAUAAAGUGCUUGAACCUGGGUUUGCAAGUCCUGAAGAUCCCGAAAAUAAGAAUGAUAGUGCGAUUGGACCAUUUACCAUUAGCACUAUACAAUCUUCACUCCCAGGCAUAAAGAAGGCAACGCAGGAUUUAUUAAGACAAACUGAUUCUGUUUUAGGAGCAUUAAUGGUGUUGACUGCAGCAGUUUCUCAGUCCAAAAGGGAAGGACAGGAGAAUGAAACUAAAGAAGAAUCCUCUGCCAAAGCAGAAAGCAAUGUCUCUAGUUAUAGUGGUGGUGAGAAGCUCCCUAUCACACUGGAUGGUUCGGUAUUAGAUGAGAAAAAGGCUGAAGAAAUGAGAGAACUCUUUGCAACUGCUGAAAGUGCUAUGGAAGCCUGGGCAAUGCUUGCCACCUCACUGGGCCAUCCUAGUUUUAUCAAAUCUGAAUUUGAGAAAAUAUGUUUUCUGGAUAAUGAAACCACAGAUACCCAGGUGGCAAUUUGGCGUGAUUCAGCGAGGAGGCGAUUAGUUAUUGCUUUUAGGGGGACUGAACAAGCAAGAUGGAAGGACUUAUGGACAGAUUUAAUGCUUGUUCCUGCUGGGCUAAACCCUGAAAGGAUUGGUGGCGACUUCAAGCAAGAAGUCCAAGUUCAUAGUGGAUUUUUAAGUGCAUAUGAUUCAGUUAGAAUAAGGAUUAUCUCCCUCAUCAAAGCAUCAAUUGGAUAUAUAGAUGAAAUUGCAGAGCCGCUGCAUGGAUGGCAAGUUUAUGUGACAGGUCAUAGUCUGGGUGGUGCACUAGCUACCCUUCUUGCUCUUGAACUUUCAUCAAGUCAAUUAGCAAAACGCGGGGUGAUUUCAGUGACUAUGUAUAACUUCGGUUCUCCUAGAGUUGGUAACAGAAGAUUUGCAGAAGUAUAUAAUGAGAAAGUUAAAGAUAGCUGGAGAAUUGUUAACCACAGAGACAUUAUACCAACUGUUCCCCAUUUGAUGGGUUAUUGCCAUGUGGCUCAGCCUGUUUAUCUUGCUGCUGGAGAAUUAAGAGAUGCUUUGGAAAACAUGGAGCUUUUUGAAGAUGGUUAUCAGGGUGAUGUGAUAGGGGAGUACACACCAGAUGUUCUUGUCACUGAAUUUAUGAAAGGAGAAAGGGAGCUCAUUGAACAGAUAUUGCAAACUGAAAUCAAUAUAUUUCGUGCAAUACGCGAUGGAAGUGCGCUUAUGCAGCACAUGGAGGAUUUCUACUACAUCACACUGCUAGAGAACCUUUUGACUGGGAGCUAAUGCGGCAGCAAGUUAAAGUUGCUCCACGAAGAACUUCAUGAUUAUCAAAUUGAAAAGGCCCUUGGGCUUCACCUGAAUCCUAACGGCCCGUGAACUUGUUCGAAUAUUAUGUAACGCCGCAAAAUGUUGACUGUCCACCGCCUUCUAUUGGUUUCUUCAGAGUGUGAGAUCGAAUUAUCAAAUGGUUGCAAGCUCAAGUAAAAAUGAACAAGGAAGCAUGUCAACCAGCUAAGAAGUAAACAGCAUCCCUUGGCUGAGGAGGCAAGCUGAUAUAGGUAUUUUAUAACAACCAUUCUCAGAAUGUGACAGCAGACUGCAGGGACAUGUACAGGUUUUCCCCCCUUCAAAUUAUAUUAUCUUGUGCACAAACUUUCAUAGGGCUAGAAUAUAAGUUGUCUAAAAUUUCAAAAUCCAGAUUUUCUUUUCUUUCAUAUGGUGGUAAUUAUGAGUUAAUGUUUUUUUUCCAUUCCUGCAAAGUGUUCUAUACUUGCACGAAAUGAAAUAUCAUCAGAUUACAUAAUUCUUUGUUUACCGUACCACUAUCAAGGGAAUUAGGAAUGGACAGAGGAUUGAAAUAGCAAAUACGAAAUCAAAUAUGAAAUAUAUUACUCGUUGAUAUUCCUCCUUAAGGGCCGUUCCAAGUCUUGAAGAAAAACGGAUGACAUGUUUAGAUUUUCGAAUAUAAAAAAUUCUCUUCAACGA